AUGAGCAGUGGAGUCACAUUUGAAAAAACAUUCAGAAGAGAUGCCUUGAUUGAGAUAGAGAAAAAGUACCAAAAGGAGUGGGCAGAGGCGAAAUACUUUGAAGUGGAUGCCCCUACUUUCGAAGAAGUCCCCACUACCGAUGUAGAUGAGGUUCGGGAAAAGAUCCCCAAAUACUUUGCCACGAUGGCUUACCCUUACAUGAAUGGAGUCUUGCAUGCUGGACACGCUUUCACUUUGUCCAAAGUCGAGUUUGCCACUGGUUUCGAGAGGAUGAAUGGGAAAAGGGCCUUGUUCCCGCUUGGUUUCCAUUGCACCGGCAUGCCCAUCAAGGCAGCAGCAGACAAGAUCAAGAGGGAAGUUGAACUUUUUGGUGCCGAUUUUGCAGGAGCUCCCAGUGAAGAAGAACCAGAGGAUGAAGGAGCGUUAGCUAAGGAUGAAAAGAAGCAGGAGAACAAAAGAGAAGACUUGUCAAAGUUCAGCUCCAAAAAAUCAAAAGCUGCAGCCAAGACCGGAAGAGCCAAGUUCCAAUUUGAGAUUAUGUUGCAAUUGGGCAUUCCAAGGGACGAAGUGGCCAAGUUUGCCAACACCGAGCAUUGGUUAAAGUUUUUCCCACCAUUGUGCCAAAAGGAUGUCACUGCGUUUGGCGGAAGAGUCGACUGGAGACGGUCCAUGAUCACCACUGACGAGAAUCCAUACUAUGACGCCUUUGUCAGAUGGCAAAUAAACAGAUUGAGAGAGUGUGGCAAAAUCAAGUUUGGUGAACGGUACACCAUCUACUCGGAGAAAGACGGCCAAGCUUGUUUGGACCACGAUAGACAAUCGGGAGAAGGUGUCACGCCCCAGGAAUAUGUUGGUAUCAAGAUUAAGGUUGAAGAAUUUGCUCCCGAAGCCCAGGAAAGUUUCAAAAAUGAAAAAUUUGACAUCAGUGACAAGAAAAUCUAUCUUGUUGCAGCAACUUUGAGGCCGGAAACUAUGUAUGGACAAACAACUUGUUUUGUGAGUCCCAAGAUCGACUACGGUGUUUUCGAUGCAGGCAACGGAGAGUACUACAUCACCACGGAGAGAGCUUUCAAAAACAUGUCCUUCCAAAACCUUACUCCCAAGAGGGGCUACUACAAGCCCGUGGCUACAAUCAACGGUAAGGCUCUCAUUGGUUCGAAAAUCAACGCGCCCUUGGCAGAGCUUAAAGACUUGAGGGUCUUGCCGAUGGAGACUGUCAAGGCCACCAAGGGUACCGGUGUCGUUACUUGUGUCCCCUCCGACUCUCCAGAUGAUUUCAUCACUACCCGUGAUCUCUCCAACAAACCCGAGUACUAUGGAAUUGAAAAAGACUGGGUCAAGACGGAGAUUAUUCCUAUUGUGCAAACGGAAAAGUAUGGAGACAAAUGUGCCGAGUUUUUGGUCAACGAGCUCAAGAUCAAAUCGCCCAAGGAUGCGGUGCUUUUGGCCGAAGCUAAAGAAUUGGCUUACAAGGAAGGCUUUUACAAUGGUCGUAUGAAAAUUGGUAAAUACUCAGGUGAGAAGGUCGAAGACGCCAAGCCCAAGGUUAAGGCCGACUUGGUUGCUUCUGGAGACGCGUUUGUUUACAACGAGCCAGAAAACCAGGUCAUAUCGAGAUCGGGAGACGACUGCUGUGUCUCUUUAGAAGACCAAUGGUUUAUUGAUUAUGGUGAAGAAGUCUGGUUGGGACAAGCUUUGGAAUGCCUCAAGGAUAUGGAGACUUUUUCAAAGGAGACCCGCCACGGAUUUGAAGGAGUGUUUGCCUGGAUGAAGAACUGGGCCGUAACCAGAAAAUUCGGAUUGGGCACCAAAUUGCCAUGGGACCACCAGUACUUGGUUGAAUCAUUGUCGGAUUCCACCAUAUACAUGGCAUACUAUACCAUUGAUAGAUUUUUACACUCUGAUUUCUACGGACAAGUUCCCGGGAAAUUCGACAUCAAGCCCGAGUUGUUGACGGAUGAAGUGUUUGACUACAUCUUUACGCGUCGAGAUGAAAUCAAGACCGAAAUUCCUAUUGAGCAGUUGAAUGAAAUGAGAAGAGAGUUUGAAUACUUUUACCCGCUUGACGUUAGAGUCUCAGGUAAGGAUUUGAUUCCCAACCAUUUGACAUUUUUCAUCUACACUCACGUGGCGUUGUUCCCCAAAAAAUUCUGGCCACAGGGAGUCAGAGCCAACGGACAUUUGCUACUCAACAAUGCCAAGAUGUCAAAGUCGACUGGUAACUUUAUGACCUUGGAGCAGAUUGUUGAAAAAUUUGGAGCCGACGCAUCGAGAAUAGCCAUGGCGGACGCGGGCGACACCGUCGAAGACGCCAAUUUUGACGAGGCCAACGCCAACGCUGCGAUCUUGAGAUUGACAACUUUAAAAGACUGGUGCGAAGAGGAAUUGAGAAACAAGGACCAAUUGAGGUCUGGCGAAUACGAUUCGUUCUUUGACGAGGCUUUUGAGAACGAGAUGAAUGAUUUGAUUGAAAAGACCUACAACCAGUACACCUUGAGCAACUACAAGCAAGCAUUAAAGUCUGGUUUGUUUGAUUUCCAAAUUGCUAGAGACUUUUACAGAGAGUCGGUCAACUCGGCCUCUUUGGGAAUGCACCGGGACUUGGUUCUCAAGUAUAUCGAGUACCAAGCAUUGUUGUUGGCGCCUAUCGCCCCUCAUUUUGCCGAAUACCUUUACAAAGAAGUCUUGAACAACAAGGGGAGCGUGCAAACCGCGCAAUUCCCCAAGCCAUCCAAGCCAGUUUCCAAACUGGUGCUCGACGCAUUAGACUAUGUGAGAAACGUCUCCAGAUCCAUCCGCGAAGUCGAAGGUGCGGGCUUGAACAAAAAGAAAGGAAAAUCCGACUUCAACGCCGGGGACUCUGUCAAAUUGACCGUGUUGGUGUCAAACACUUUCCCCGAGUGGCAAGACACCUACAUUGAGUUGGUGCGCGAGCUCUUUGAGAAGCAGCAAUUGAGCAAUACCAACCUCAUUAAGCAGAAAGUCGGCAAGGACAUGAAACGAGGCAUGCCCUUUAUCAACCAACUCAAGUAUAGAUUGAACUCAGAGGACCCAGAGACCAUCUUCAACAGGAAACUCACCUACAACGAAGUGGAAGUCGCCACCAAGGUUGUGGAACUUCUCAAAAACGCCCCCUUUGCUGUAAAAGUUCUGGAUUUGGAAAUUCUCGCCUUUGACAAUGGCUCGUCAAAAGCCAAGAACGUCUUGACCGGCGAAGAGGUGGAGCUCGACAUCAAGGGCAAAGUCAAGGAAAACGCCGUGCCUGGAGAACCUGGUAUUUUGAUCAAGAAAGUUGAGUAG